AUGGAGAGGCCGAAGAAGCUUGAUCAUAAACGUCGUAAAAAGAAAGCUACAUCGAGUGAAACAAUUGAAGAGGAGCACGAUGCAGGGAAAGGUCGUGAGCUUGAACGAAUCACCGCAGAGGAGAGACGCAACGAACCUCGACCUGGCACUGAGAGAGACUGUCAUGAUGAGGAUGUUGACCGAGAUGAUGGAGAAGGAGAUGGUGGUGAUAACGAAGAGGAUGAGGUUGAAGAAAAUCAAGUAGAAGAGAAUGGAGAAAAUGGAUUAGACGUGGAAGAAGAGAACUGUGAGGACUUAUCACAACAUUUUGGAGAUGUCGCGAGAGAAGAAGAAAAUGUAAGUGAUGGAGAGAGUGGUGAUGAUAUUUGGGAUGAUGAGAAGAUACCGGAUCCAUUAUCUUCCGACGAAGACGAAGAAGAGGUAGAACGAAGAGAGUUGCUUUCCAAUAGUGUUGACAGUGAAGAGCUUUUGGCAUUGGGGAAGACAUUUGCUUGUGCAGCAGAUUUCAAGUUGGCAUUAUUACGGUACUCUCUGAAGACCCGUUACGACAUUAAAAUGUACAAGUCUACAUCAAGGAAGAUGGGUGCGAGAUGCUCUGAUGUUGAGUCGAAUUGCCCUUGGAGGAUUUACUGUUCUUACGAACCAAGGAGGCACAAGAUGCAAGUGAAAGUGUAUAUCAAUGAGCAUAAUUGCAUGAGAUCAGGCUACUCAAAGAUGCUUAAGGUAUCGUCAAUUGCUUGGCUGUUUGCGGAGAGGUUAAGGAUCAACAGGAAGUUUACGAAAAAGGAGAUGGCUGAAGAGGUCAAGAGAGAGUACAAUUUGAUUGUCACAGAGGAACAAUGUGCAAAAGCGAAGUCUAAGCUAUUCCGACAGAGAAAAACAAGCCAUGAAGUGCAUUUCUCACGUAUAUGGGAUUAUGAAGCCGAGAUAAAAAGGUCCAAUCAGUAUACAUCAAUGGUUAUUGAGACUAUUCCCGGUGCUACUCCAGGAAGCAAGCAAAGGUUUGACAGGUUAUAUGUUUGUUUCACAUCUCAAAGAGAAUCUUGGAUAGAAUCAUGUCGACCUAUCAUUGGGCUAGAUGGUGCAUUCUUGAAGUGGGAUAUUAAAGGGCAUCUACUAGCUGCUGUAGGAAGAGAUGGAGACAACAGGAUUGUGCCAAUUGCUUGGGCUGUUGUUGAGAUUGAAAAUAAUGUGAACUGGGAAUGGUUUGUGAAGCUUUUGAAAUCGGAUUUAGGACUGAAAGAAGGAGCAACAACAACAAUAAUAUCCGACAAGCAGAAGGGACUUGUGAAUGCUGUCAAGAAUGAGCUUCCAGAAGCUGAACACUGA